GAGAGUGGAAAAUUAAUUUCUUGAGAAGACCUGUGAAAGAAUCCAACAUUCAGUCGAGAUGUGCUCCACAAUGUCGUUGUUGGUGCUUUUAAGCAUCAUAGGAUGCGUUGAACUGAUCAAGGUCAGCACUCCGCACAAAUAUGUCAACGUUACAAGGGGAACAGAUGUCCUGCUGCCAUGUACGUUUGUGACUUCUGCGCCGGAUACAAACCUCAACAUCCAGUGGGACUUUGUUGCAACGUCCUCCGCGAUACCAAAGCCGGUGUAUUACUAUCUAUCUGGAGCCGUAGAAAUUACAUCAUCUUAUGAGGGCCGGGUUCAGCCUCCCUCCUCUCCCGCCACGACCAAUAAUGCCUCCAUCAUAAUAAGGAACAUACAACCAUCAGACACCGGCGUGUACAGCUGUCAGGUUCACAACCUUCCUGAUUUGGAGGGAAUAUCUGAGGCCGAUAUCUUUGUGCUUGUUUUCGAGACUCCCUCGACUCCUUAUUGCUCCAUCCACGGGGACGUGGAGUCGGGACACCUGGUCACUCUGACCUGCCACAGCGAGCGCGGCAGCCCCCCCCCGACCUACACCUGGAUCAGACUGGACCAGGCCAGGACAAGGAGGCCUGUGAUGGGAAUAACCACCGAAACUGGAAUUCUGGAAAUCAGAAACAUAUCCCAGUUUGAGUUUGGGGAAUACCAGUGCACUGCUACAAAUGGAGAGGGAUUUUCAACUUGCACCUUAGAGUUAAAUCAUGAUGAUGUGGGAGAUGGAGUGAUUGCCGGCGCAGUGAUUGGUGCGUUGCUCGGGUGUGUCCUUAUCGUCCUGGUUGUGUGGUUCAUCGCUCACACAUUGAAGAAACACAAAUACAAAGCGAUCAAAGUCUCAGAGGGCAACGAGAUGAUGAGGAGCUCUACUCAGGCCCCAGAAGCCUCAGAUAGCGUUACCAUGGCAACUACACCCAGCAACCUCCAUGCUGAGGGAGAUGGGCCCAAGGCCUAAAAAAAGAGCUGGAGAAAAAGCUCCUGCAAAUACGUCACUACACUGAACAACAGGAUGUCCAGCCCUCAGCACACGUCAUUCUCACAUUUAAUCAUCAUUAUGUCCAUGCUCACUGUCGUGUAUGAAUUAGAAUUUUGUUACAUGUUUUCUUAAUCAAAAAGUUAAAUUGCAAACCAACAAUUUUACAGCUUUUUUAAUAUAUUUUUUACUUUAAAUUGGCUUGAUUGUAUAGAAACAAUGUUUGUUGACCAUUUAACCUAAUGUCCUUGAAACCAUGUUGAUGAGCCCUGCAUUGGAUAUACAAUAUACUUUAUAAAUAGAACUUUUUUACAUUACAUGACAUUUGUUAGAUGCUUUACUUAGCGACUUACAUACAGUACAUUGAGUACUGUG